AGUGGUGGAAUCGAACGUCCCCGAGCGCACACGGCGUAGAAGGAGAGUACGGCGCACGAGUCUCUGGAAGGAAGAUAACGGUUUCUUUUUUUGCCCCCCUCGCCACACAAACAACAAGAACAAACCAAACCUGAAUUUUUAGGGGGGUUUUCAGAGUCUUCUCGUCUCAAGGAGGAGGGAAGCGAGGGAUUGGAGCCGCAAGUUUUUUUUUUCUUUUUCCGUUUUUUUCUCCUUUUCCCAAAAGAGGAUUCUGUGUUUCUCGGUGGUUUGUUCUCCGCUCUCGCCGCAAAGAUGAUGGUCGGAGAGGUCGAAGUGAAGGAGCGACCGAGGCCGAGUCCCGACUAUUUGAUGCAAUUAUUAAACGAGAAGAAGCUCAUGACCAGUUUGCCAAAUCUCUGCGGCAUCUUCACACACCUGGAGAGGCUUCUCGAUGAAGAGAUCAACAGAGUGCGUAAAGACAUGUACAGCGACUCAGUGAAUGGCCUUGUGGACAGACACCCUCUGGAGCUGCCUGAGCCUCUUGGACCCAUCGUCCACCUGCAGGAAAAACUGUUUGUGCCUGUCAAAGAGUACCCCGAUUAUAACUUUGUGGGGAGAAUCCUUGGCCCUCGUGGACUCACAGCCAAGCAGUUGGAGGCCGAGACAGGAUGCAAAAUCAUGGUGCGAGGCAAGAGCUCCAUGAGAGACAAGAAGAAGGAGGAGCAGAACAGAGGGAAGCCAAACUGGGAACACUUAAACGAAGACCUUCAUGUCCUGAUCACAGUGGAAGACACACAGGGCAGAGCUGAGAUCAAGAUGAGGAGAGCGGUGGAGGAGGUCAAGAAGCUUCUCGUACCUGCUGCCGAGGGAGAAGACAAUUUGAAGAAGAUGCAGCUGAUGGAGCUGGCGAUUCUCAAUGGGACCUACAGAGACAACAACAUCAAAACACCCACCCUUGCAUUCUCUCUUGCAGCGGCGGCAGCAGCCGCUCAGGGCCAACGUCUCAUAGCGACCCCCACAGGUCAGGUGAUGCCUCCCCAGGCACUCCGGCCCCCAACACCGGGUGGGGGUCAAAUCAUGAACCUCAUCCGGUCCCCUCAGAUGGCUGCCAUGAUGCCCAAUGGCACCCCCACCCUGGUGCCUCCCUCACCGGAUGGCGGGCUUAUCUACACUACCCCUUACGACUACCCUUACGCCCUGGCACCCACCUCCCUGCUGGAGUACCCCAUCGAGCACAGUGGGGUUCUAGGUAAGAGAGCCUGGGGAAGCAUGGGUCCAGCAGGUACAUUGGCCAACUUUGGCCAGCUUGGACAGGAGGGAAGCUUGUUUUACCCUGGAGCUGGGGUGCUGGACAUGGCUGCCAUGAGCCACAGUCAAGAAUUGUUGAAAGGUGCAAUGGCUUCUAAAGUGAGACGGCAUGACACGCGGGUCCAUCCUUACCAAAGGAUUGUGACCGCUGACAGAGCCGCCACCGGCAACUAACACAUGACCUUCUGACCUCUGAACUCUUCACCCAAUGACGAGCCGCCCCAAGCCUGCCUGCUGAUCAGUUAACUGGUAAUUGCCUUUUGCUAGCCUCUCGGACGCAAGUGAGAGAGAAAGAGAGAGAGAGAGAGAGAGAGAGUACAGUUACCCUAACACGUUCUGAAAAAAGUAGAAACCAAUGGAGAAUCUUCACAGAAACACAACAAAACCCAACCAAGUUGUGCAAUAUCCAUAUUUUUCCCUCUGUUCAUUGAGUUCAGUUCCCAUUCUUUCUCUUUCUUUUUCUUCAUGAAUCAUAUAUUGGGUGGAUGUGUUUGUGGUAUUACUCAUAAAUCUGCACUGAAUUAUAUAGCAAUAAAGACCCCCAACCUGCCCACUCCUUUAAUCGCUCUAAAUUGGUGACCUCACUUGGAUGAAUAAAAGUUAAAUAUCUAUUUGACGCAAACCAUUUGGUUUCAGAGUAAUAAACAUGAUCCCCCUGAAAUAUAAACAACAACCUCCGGAGCCCCCCACCCCACCCUGUUUCUAUCUAUUGGGAGAGAAAAAGAAAUAGAAGGAAAGAGAACAUACACUCACAUUAACUUGUUUAAUUUCUGUCAUUUUUCACAUGUAGUGCAGUUGUUGAGCUCUAAAAUGUAAUUAUGAGCUGACACAUUCUGGGUGUGCCCUCCAAACAGCUUUCUGUCCGUUUUAAAACAAGCAUGGCUGAAACAAUUGCAAAAAGAGCUUUUUUUGAUUUAUGUGUUGUUUUAUUUUCCUCCCCUUUUUUGGCUUUACAUUUUACUCAUUUUCUCCACUUGAUUUUGGUUUCCUUGUUGUUCAUAUUUGACUAAUUAGCUUUGCUUAGAUUGACGAGCCAAAAUAAGGCAGGUGGUUACCUCUGGAAAACAAAAGCAAUCUCGUGUUUGAAACGGGCUGCAGAAACUAAGAAAUGAUGAAGGGCAAGAUGGGAAAGUCUCCGUUUGGGCUGAUGGGUCUGUGUGUGUGUUUUUUAAUUAAUACUACAAUGAAAGUAGGGUGUGCUGAGGCUUCGGGGACAUUGGGGCAGUGCUUAUUAGCUACUGACCAUUGCUACGUCCCCAUCCACACUACAUCCAUUAUACAGUGCCUGGUGUAUUUAGAAAAUGAUCUCAAUGAGUUAGCUGAGCUGUGAUCGAAAAGACAAAAAAAAAAGUAUUAAGUGUGCAUAUUUAGCCAAAGGGUUUUCAAAUGAAUUAUAUAUCUGCAAUUAUGCAUCUGUCUCACAGAGGGCUCUCUUUGUGAUUUUAUAGUUUGGAAAGAUGUGCGCCUGCUUUCCACUGGAACAGACAGCCAAUCAGUUAGAAUACCUUUGACCCAUUAAUGCUCUGUCUUUUUCUGAGGAGGUGAAAGCAGGCAGUUAACACUAAAUCAACACGCUACUCAAUUACAGCUAGGGGAAGGGCCCUUUGAAGUUCUGCACAUAGAGGCUUUUGUCAUGAGCUUUCUAUAUUAGUUUGUUUCAUCAGCCACAUUGCCAAAAUAUGUUUUAUGUCUAUUUUAUUUUUUGCAUCUCAACAUUUGGCCAAUUGUCUUUUAUUUUUAACCUAAGUCAUAAGUGGAUAUAAUAUGAGCCUUCCUGCAAAUUCGAAUUUUUUUUUAUUUUUAGUCUGAUUUAUUUUCAGUAUGAAACAUUUGUUUUCCACACAUGACAAACCCUCCAAAAGCGCAUCCACAAUGUGUCACAUCUCCCUUCGAUCGCAGUCUAGCUCCUGAGCUACAAUCUUUGUUCAACUCUCUCAAGAAAAAAAUAGGAUGUGAAAGCCAUGCCUGCCUGUUCAAAUUGCUUUAUACAUACGUCUUAUAUAUAUAUAUAUAUAUAAAAUAUAUAUAUAAAUAUAUACAAAUGUAGAUAUCUGUCAUUGCAUAUACAAAUACAUAAGUGAACAAAAAAUAGAUAAUUUUACAGGGUGCUGGAGAAGAUAAAAAAAAUUAAAAAAUCUAUUUUUGGCAAUUCUAGCUUUUGAUACUUUACUUGCAGUUACAAAAUCGGAAAAAAAAAUCAAAUAAAAAAAAAAAGUUUUAAAGUGGGAAAACAGAAAAAACUGAGUGGGUGAAGAAAAAGUGCUGUUACUUGGAUAUGAUUGGAAAGGAAGACGAAGACCAAAACAGUCCUAACCUUUGAAAAGUUAGCGAGGAUCACAGCGAGACGAACGCCUCGAGAGUUUCAAAAGGAUCAAAUCAAAGUGCCUUAUCAACAGUGGUUUCUGUUUUCUGAGUAUUCCAGUUGUGUUCAAUAAUAUCCAGCACCCACCAAGAUGGCGCAGAGAGGAAUGGCUAGUGUUACAUGCUCCGAGUAGUCGAGCAGGGUAGCUCCCACCAUAUCGUGGCGUUACCGAAGUUAUUCUAUGCAAAAAGAAUAGCAGUCGUUUUGACCAGCUAAAAUAUGUGCCAUGGUUUUGUCUUCCUGAAAUUAUUUUGUUUUUGUUUUUCCUUUUACUUGAUGGCCCUUUACUCUUAUGUAUGUGCAGGAUUUGUCCUCUUUUUUUAUUUAGAUUUUAAUGAUCACAUGAAAUAUUGUCCUGAUUUUUGGUGACUGUGACUAACUUCCUAGAACAAAUUGAACUGCCGAUAGCAAUGCAGUAGUCUGCCGGAACAUGUUAUGAUCAUGAGCUGAGGAAAAAGCAUAACGUUCAAGGUAAUGGAUAGGGAAAACGGGGGCGUCGUCCCCGUUGGCAUUAAGCCCAUUUGUUUCAAUAGCUGUCAACUGAAAGCCUCCAGUCCGUGUUUCUCGAUGUCAUUUUGACAACAAACUAUCAAUACAAUCACGAGAUUUAUAAUGGGCCAACGAAAUGCUGGAUAAUGAAACGAGCAACUCUAUUUCACAGCCAAAUGGUUUUCAGUUAUUGAAACAACUGACAGUUUUUUGCUGGAAGGUAAAGUAUUCUCGUAAUAUUAAAUUGAAGAAUUCUUAGAUCCCAAUAUUACCCAUGACAGUUUGUUUUUCUAUUCAUAGCUCUUUCAUCAUGCUGUUACACCGAAAGGUCAAUUAAUUUUUCUUUCUCAGUGUUAUUAUUUUAAAUUGAAAUGCAAUAUUAAAGUGGAGCAAGUGAUGGCUAUUCAGCAUUUGACAGUAUUAAGAAAAUUCCUUCUGCAAUGUUACAACUUGCUGUGUCAUUGUGAAAGGCUGGAUAAGUCCAUCAGGUGAAAGGUUAACUAUAUACCUACCGUAUUCUCUCUGGCCUGCCUACUACAUGUAUGAUAAUGUAAUUAACAGCCAUUGUUACAGGUUUAUAAUGUAUUUUUCUAAUCUCAUUUUAUAUGUAUAUUAAUCAUGUUUCUGAGUGCUUUUUUUUUUUAUGAACUCCACAUGCAACUCCCUCCCCCAAAACGUCCCCUCUCUUCCUCCCCUCCCCAUCCUCUUUUACAUCUUGAAAGCUGUCUCUUGUGGGGAGUGUUGCCUUUUCCCUGUUAUAUUUGGUUUUGUUUUCUUGCCUAUUCCCAGCUUGUUUAACUCAUUAGCUUCUUUAUUAGUUUUCUUGUCAUAAGUAUUUUUACAUGCUUGCAUUUAGUUUUCAUGGUGUAUGCUGUUAUUUUUCUUAUUAACCUCUUGGCAUUUAUUUUAAUAAAACAUUCUUAGUAAGAAUUUUACUAACUUGCUGAUAUUUUGUCUUGUGUUUUUAACCAGUUUCAUGAAUGUAUUACCUUGGUCUGGUUCACGGACUAACACAUUAAAACUGGUGUCUGGCCACCACUUACACACUACAUACGCACACAAGCACACACUCGUCCAUUUUGCACAUAUGCUCCGCAUACAAUUACUAAACACACACACACACACACACACAGCCUAACUGGAAACUGCACGAGUUGAUAAACGUCCCUCACUCCCGCUCACGCACUCUCACCCCUGUGCUGCAGAACUCUGCUGACACUCUUCACACUUGCCUCCCCGCUCAGUUCCAACACUGCUGCUGUGUCUCGUCGACUCUCCUGUUGGUUGUCCCGUCCUUCUGUGUCACUGACCCCACGAGACGGGAGGAAACGUCGCAGUGUCUGUGGGUGGGAUUGGAAAGUGUACAUUAUUAGAGGUCACUGGUUAACUUCUGGGUCAGCUGAACAAAAGCGCACUCUCACUAACGGGGUGAUUUGUGUGCACACAAAAGUCAAAAACUCAAACGUCCACCAGUGUCCUCUUUCUCUAAAUAGUGGUUAGUGCAGGGCUAGUUAUAAUCUGUGCAAAGAUACUGCAAAUAAUCGUCAUCUCAAAAGAAUUUAUUUUACUGUGAAUUAUGUAGAGUUCACGAUCACGCGUUUUAUAAAUAAAUAAUUUACAACAGACGCAUAGAUGGCGGUUGUGUGAUCGUCUAAAUCUGUCCCCAGUCUCUUUGCCUCGUUGCCUCUAAGGCGUGUUAUGCCUGGAUAGCAGCAUUAUAGUUAUCGCCAGCUGUUGUCUGUUUGGUGAACACUUCUCCCAAUUCAGCUUAUUGAUAUAAUGGCUAAUACUGGGCCGUUUGGGAGCAUCCAUAAUGCUUAGACACACACCAGUAGACUGCCAAUAUGAAGUACUUUGGGAUCAAAACAACCGUACUAUUCCUUCCGGUGUAAAAUGCUGAUAUGGCUUUCAGCGAGCUAGUAUUUAUUGUUUUCUGUCAAACACUGCCAGUGUGUGUCGUUCACUCGACUACAGUGCACUUGUCCCUGGGUUCAGUCGGCUCUCUUCUCUCUAUUCAUCUUUUUUUUUUUCUUCCCCCACUAAUUCAAGGUAUUGACACUGACACAGGAGCAAAAAGAUUAAUUCAUUAAUCCUUAUUACUUUAACCCACUGAGUGAUGCCUCCAGAUUUAUUUUCCCUUUUUUUCUCCUCCUUUUUAAAUCUGCACAACACAAAACAUCUUGGCCUUAACUGUUGCAAUUCUCUUCAUGUCUCAGCAAGCAAAGAACAAGGAAGGAUUAAAGGUGUCCUAACAGCAAACUUAACAUUUUCCUCUCUCUGAUAUUAACAUUUUUUUGUCUUUGAUCUGAAAACGGGUGUUUUCGCCUCUAACGCCUGCUUAAACACCAGCAAGUAGAGAUGGCGAUUGGAUUAAUGGCAGCCAUCCUUAAUAGUUUAUUCCCCUUUACUUUUUUUCUUGUCAGCCAUAGGAUUUUUUUCAAUUUAUUAAUGUCGGAUUGGCCGUUCAUGUUUGGCUCUUAUUUGCCAUAUGCAGCUAGAGCUACAAUCCGUACAUUAGCAGUCGAUAUAUUAAUGCCGUCACGAGCUUCGCUUUAUUUAUGCCGGAGAGGUUUUCAGCCACCAAGCUGAUGAAAAAUGCAAGUUUUUUUUCCAGAGCACAAUGUAUUGAAAACACUGCCUGAAAUAUUGCAUCUGUGAGUUAAAAGUGCCUUUUUUUCCUGCGAUUGGGAAAUUAAUUUAUUUUUGUACUUUAUCAUUCAAGUGCCAAUGUUCUGUCUUCCUUCAUCUCGCCAAGAAGGUUUUUUGUUGAACACAAAAAGUAAAUGUCCACACUUCCUUUUUUUUCAGCACAAAAAAAACGCACUAAAACAUAAACUGGAAAAGUUUGACCACAUAUGGGGAAUUUGUUUUGUCUCGGAUGUUUCCCCGCCAUUAAACUUCGGCUUAAUGGAUCAUGAUUUGAAUUUGAUCAAUAUAAUAUUUUCCUAGAUUGGACCCCAGUGUGCAGGAUGCAUCUCUGGCUGAGUUCUCAGUGCCUUUCAGCUCCGUCGCAGGGCAUUUAGUGCAUUUAUCUACUAACCACCUUCUCACCUGUCAAUCUUUUAUUUUUCUUCUGUUCUGUUUAACAAACAUUCCUCCAAUGAGUUAAACGGCAGGUUAACCAAUCGGUAGCACUCAGGUGGUUCAAGGGCAAACGCUACUAAAAUACAGAAUGAGACUACUUUUUUUUUAUAGCCCCACUGGAUUUUUGUGUUAAUUCUUUGACUGUGAAAAGUAUGCAUCGAAAGUAUCAUCAUUUUUUCCUAAAAUUUUCCUAUUCUGUAAGUUCCUCAUCCAUAUAGUGAUGCACUAAAAUCUGAAAAUAUUUUUUUUCAUUUUCAAGUUUUUAUGUGAAGUCGCUUUUAUUUUGUCUUUGUGUUACCUUGUUUUUAUAGAGGGUUAGACUCAGAACUUUGAAUAGGGUGUAAAACAUGUAAUGCCAGUUUUUGUUGCUCACACCAAAAAAAAAAAAAAAAGGAAGAAGGAAAACAAAUGUCAUGUGUGCAAUAAAGAAGCAUAUUUACAAGCUUU